CUUUUUUUUAUUGCAUUUGCUCUGCCUAUAUAUAAAAGAUGGCAGUGUUCAAAUUGGAGUCCGACAAGCAAUUCAUCCGAACUUCCAAAGGCGAUCCGGAUGUAUAUGUGUACGAGUAUCUUGACGAUCCCAACGUUUUCGAGAUGAUCCGAGCCAGUAACAACCGCUGGAGACAACUCACCCGGGUCGGCCCGACCGGGGCGGCCUCCUUCAAGGUGCUGGAGGUACUGGGGGUGAGGAUCGGAGGCAACCAAUUGAAGAAUCUGGCCACGGAUUUGACCCUCACGGCUCGAGAUGGCCAAACCUUCCAUCUCAUCGUCAACCGUCAAGGCCUCUGUUUCCUGUACGUGGACAGCUCGCCUGUGAUGCGGUUGCGGGUCAAUGACUAUUUCGGUUGGUCCAAGUACGGGGUCAGCCCCGGGGUUGGUCCGAUCUGGAACAGGUGGGACAUGAGCAACGGCGCCGUUUUGGUGCCUGCUGCGGCGGCUCCUUCGUCCGAUUGCUGGAAGAAGCUGGCGGAGGAGAAGGACAAGCUGUUGGAGAAGAGCAAGGAGACAGAGUCGUUGCUCAGGCAGUCGAUUGCGGACAAGGAUAAGCAGUUGGCUGCUCUCAAGGCCUCCAUGAAAGCCUUGGUGCAGGAAGUGUGACCAAGUAACAAGCUCUGUGGAGUGGAUAUGUAGACUGAAAUAAAUAGAUCUCGUGCGUUGCGGCGGCAGCGAGAUGCACGAAAUUAAAUCUCUCUUUUGCGUUUGCUUGUCUAAAUUUGCUAUCUAUGUAAGAAGAAAGAGUGUAAGCUACAGUCGUUUCAAUGUUCCUCUGCGUUGACAUUUGGGCAGUUGUGAUCAAGAUCCAAUGCUGGCAAGUUCAAUGUUCAAUGUUCCUCUGCAUAUUAAACUAGUUAAACGAAUU